UCAGACCCGGAAAAAUUUCUCCGUGCGUGCGUAUAUGCAUGGCAAAGUGUGUUUCCGGUAUAACGUGUGUGUUGGUUGGCGUUCAGCCUUUUUCUCUUGGCUUUCAUUAGAUCAGUCACUCUUCUUUAGAGUCCCAGCUCCCACGCCUAUUUAAACCCGUUACAGUUCGAAUCUUUGGACAUGGCAUCUGUUUCGGCUCCAGCUCAGACAGUCCCGGUUUCGGCUGCUUUGCAAAGAGGGAUUGUGAAAAUGGUCUUGUCUGGCUGUGCCAUCAUUGUUCGCGGUCAGCCUCGAGGAGGUCCGCCCCCAGAGCGUCAGAUCAACCUGAGUAACAUGCGAGCCGGGGCCAUAGCUCGCCGAGCAGCGCAAGGCCAGCCCGACACAAAGGACACCCCGGAUGAGCCUUGGGCCUUCCAAGCCAGAGAGUUUUUGAGAAAGAAGCUAAUUGGUAAAGAAGUUUGUUUUACUGUGGAAAUCAGGACUAGCUUGGGCCGGGAGUAUGGCAUGGUCUACCUGGGCAAAGACACAACAGGUGAGAACAUCGCCGAGUCUCUGGUGAACGAAGGGCUUGCCACAGUCCGAAGGGAAGGAAUCAGAGGAAACAACCCCGAUCAGGCCAGGCUCUGUGAGUUGGAGGAUCAGGCAAAGUCUUCCAAGAAAGGCAUGUGGAGCGAGGGCGGCGGCACUCACACCAUCCGUGACCUCAAGUACACCAUAGAGAACCCCCGCAACUUUGUGGACUCCUUGCACCAGAAACCCAUCAAUGCCAUCAUCGAGCAUGUGCGUGACGGCAGCGUCGUCCGUGCCUUGCUGCUUCCCGACUACUACCUGGUCACCGUUAUGCUGUCUGGUGUUAAGUGUCCCACAUUCAAGAGAGAAGCAGACGGUACAGAAACACCAGAGCCGUUUGCAGCAGAGGCCAAGUUCUUCACCGAGUCGCGUCUUCUGCAGCGAGACGUUCAGAUCAUCCUUGAGAGCUGCCACAACCAGGUCAUACUGGGGACCAUCCUCCACCCGAAUGGUAACAUCACAGAACUGCUUUUGAAGGAAGGGUUUGCUCGUUGUGUGGAUUGGUCCAUGGCUGUUUACACCCAGGGAGCGGAGAAACUUCGAGCUGCAGAGCGAUCCGCGAAAGAGCGCAAGGUCCGGAUCUGGAAAGACUACGUGGCCCCCACAGCCAACUUGGACCAGAAGGACAGACAGUUUGUUGCCAAGGUGAUGCAGGUCGUCAACGCUGAUGCCUUGGUGGUCAAGCUCAACUCGGGAGAGUACAAAACCAUUCACCUGUCCAGCAUUCGAGCUCCUAGGAAUGAAGGAGAGGAGAAGAACAAGGACAAAGAUAAACGAUUCCGUCCUCUCUAUGACAUCCCCUACAUGUUCGAGGCCCGUGAGUUCCUGAGGAAGAAGCUUAUCGGUAAAAAGGUCAGCGCGACAGUGGACUACAUCAGAGCAGCCACUGGUCCAGGAGAAAGCACACCUGCCUUUGCAGAGCGCACCUGUGCCACAGUUACAAUCGGUGGAAUUAACAUCGCUGAAGCUCUGGUCAGUAAAGGCCUGGCCACGGUUAUCCGAUACAGACAGGAUGAUGACCAGCGGUCCUCUCACUACGAUGAGCUUCUUGCUGCUGAGGCACGCGCCAUCAAAAAUGGGAAAGGACUGCACAGCAAAAAGGAAGUUCCCAUCCACAGGGUGGCCGACAUCUCCGGGGAAACACAAAAAGCCAAGCAGUUCCUGCCCUUCCUGCAGAGGGCCGGUCGAUCAGAAGCUGUUGUAGAAUACGUCUUCAGCGGCUCACGUCUCAAGCUGUACAUGCCCAAAGAAACCUGCCUCAUCACAUUCCUGCUCGCUGGUAUCGAAUGCCCACGUAGCUCCCGGAACCUGCCUGGCGGGGUGCAGGUGGCCGAACCCUUCAGUGAUGAGGCCAUGCUGUUCACCAAAGAGCUGGUGUUGCAACGAGAGGUGGAAGUGGAAGUGGAGAGCAUGGACAAAGCUGGGAACUUCAUUGGCUGGCUGCACAUUGAGGGUGUGAAUCUGUCCGUUGCUCUGGUGGAAAACGCUUUGUCCAAGGUCCACUUUACAGCCGAGCGCAGCCCUUACUACAAAGCCCUCGUCUCGGUAGAGGAGGCGUGCAGACAGAGGAAAGAAAAGAUCUGGGCCAACUAUGAGGAGAAACCAGUGGAAGAGGUUGUGCAUGUGUCAGAGGAGAAGGAACGUGUGACCAACUACAGACCAGUAUAUGUCACUGAAAUUGCAGAUACUCUUCACUUCUACGCUCAGGAUGUAGAGACAGGAGCCCAGUUGGAGAGUCUGAUGGAAGCGAUGAGAGCAGAAAUCGCCACCCACCCGCCUGUAGAGGGGUCGUACUCUGCACGCCGAGGGGACUACUGCCUAGCUAAAUUUGCUGACGGUGAAUGGUACAGAGCCAGGGUGGAGAAAGUUGAGUCACAGGCAAAGGUGCACGUCUUCUACAUUGACUACGGCAACAGAGAAGUUGUGUCAACUUCCCGUCUGGCUGUGAUGCCUCCCGCCUUCAGCACCAGAACCCUGCCAGCUCAGGCCACAGAGUACACCUUCGCCUUCAUCCAGGUCCCGCAGGACGAGGAUGCCCGUGCAGAUGUGGUGGACUGUGUGGUGCGGGACAUCCAGAACAGCCAGUGCCUGUUAAAUGUGGAGUACGCCGGCGCCACCUGCCCACACGUCACAAUACAGUUUGGAGACACCAAGGACGACGUGGGGCUCGGCCUGGUCAAAGAGGGCUUGGUCAUGGUGGACGUGCGCAAGGAGAAGCAUCUGCAAAAGAUAGUGACAGAGUACCUGAACAGUCAAGAAUCUGCCAAGAGUGCCCGGCUCAACAUCUGGCGCUACGGAGACUUCCGUGCAGACGACGCAGACGAGUUUGGCUACAGGCGUUAGAAACUCGCCGAGCAUCGAAGUAACACCAUUCCAAAGACCAACAAGGACAGGAAGUGAUGACUGAACAGAAGAUGAACGACAGGCAUUCACUCACCCCCACCCUCACCCCUCCCCUCCUUUUUAUUUGACAUUUCAGUCCAACAUCUUAGCUUCUCUUCCACCCAUUUCUCUAGAAGUGUGCUAGCUGUGCUAAAACACCAGGAUAGAUUGACUUUCCAUUCGUCUUCUAUUUCCUAAUCAAACUCGACUAGAUCCAGCCAUCCGCUCUGUUGCCAAUCUGUGUGAUUUGCCAUCUCACCUUCUCUGUGGAUGAUAACAAGUGAUACUUACAUGUGUUCAGCCACUCUUUUCCUUCACACACGUCCCCGUCUGUGGACCGGCUGAUUUUCUGCAAGCGGAUGCUUCCCUGAUGAGUUUCUUGUAAAUGUAACAUUAAUUGUAGGUGAAUAAAAAAAACAGUAAUAAUUAUGUUUAUUUUUAUCUUCAGUGUAUAUCUGUGUGACGGUUUUGCAGAUGUUUUUGUGGGGAGUGUUUUGUCGUUGAUUCACAGUCACACUUUUAUGACCAGUAAAAUAUCGAAUGCCUUCUUGUGGCAUUUUAACAUCUUUUGUUCUGUAAAGUUUACAUUCUAAUAACGGUAAUGACCCAGUCUCUUCUCUGUUUCUGUAUGCCAUAUCAGAUACAGUGUUUGAACUUGUUUCCAAGUGCUGAAUCUUUGCAUUCUAUUAAAAAAUCUGCUGAAUAAAAAAAAGGAGCAAACUAAA